AUGGUUGCCGCCGUGAGGAUAGCCCCUACUAGGGCGGCUCGAGCCAUGAAUCUGCUGCGUACUAUUCAAUAUACGCAUCCACCGUCAUGUCCCUGCCAUGGCAACCCCGCGCAUCACCACCACCACCAACCUUCUUCUGGCCUCCUUGCACACGCGAAGCGCAACCUGCAACGCAACUAUGCCACGCCCGUUGAUUCUACAAGACAGAAGGAGUAUGCCUUCGAGAUGGCCGCUUCCUCGAUCCGAUUUGGCGCCGGUGUCACAAAGGAAGUAGGAAUGGACAUGAAAAACCUCGGCGCCAAACGAGUUUGUGUGGUAACUGACAGCACAGUAAGAAACUUGGAUGCUAUGAAGCAAGUUGAAGAAGGAUUGACCAGAGAAGGUGUUGAGUAUACUGUGUUUGAUGGGUGCAGGGUCGAGCCCAAGGACAGCUCGAUCAAGGAAGCCAUUGAGUUUGCCAAACCCUACCAACCAGAUGCUUUCCUGGCUGUCGGUGGUGGGUCUGUCAUUGACACCGCAAAGCUCAUGAAUCUCUACACCUGUUUCCCGGAUGCGGAAUUUCUCGACUUUGUGAACGCUCCCUUAGGGAAGGGCCUUCCAAUCACAAAACCAUUAAAGCCUCUUAUUGCAGUACCUACCACAGCAGGAACUGGGUCCGAGACCACAGGCACUGCAAUCUUUGACCUCGUCUCCAAGCGCGCGAAGACGGGAAUCGCACACCGAAAUCUCAAGCCCACUCUUGGAAUAUGUGAUCCCUUAAACACUCGGACUAUGCCAUCUGCUGUGCACGCAAGUUCUGGUCUUGAUGUUCUGUGCCAUAGUCUGGAAAGUUGGACUGCCAUCCCCUAUUUCGAAAGAACCCCUCGACCCUUGAACCCAAUCAACCGACCGGCGUACCAAGGCGCCAAUCCUAUCAGUGAUAUUUUCUCCCUGCAAGCUCUCAGAAGCACAGUUAAGUAUCUUCCACGAGCGGUGAGGGAUCCCGACGACCACGAGGCUCAGAGUCAAAUGCUUCUUGCCGCCACACUUGCUGGUGUUGGAUUCGGAAACGCUGGUGUGCAUCUAUGCCAUGGAAUGUCAUAUCCAAUCUCCGGACAGAAUCCCGGCUAUAAACACGCCGGCUACCAAGUCAACACCCCUAUCAUCCCCCACGGCGUCUCCGUAGCCGUCUCCGCCCCCGCCGUAUUCCGCUUCACCGGCGCUUCCAACCCAGAGCGCCACCUAGCUGCCGCCGAAGCCUUCGGCGUCGAUAUCUCAAACGUGAAGAAGGAGAGCGCCGGCGAGGUUCUCGGAGAAGCUAUCGCGAAAUUCCUAGCCGAUCUAGGUGAUCAGCCCAAGGGCCUCAAGGAUCUCGGCUUCAAGAGAGAAAACAUCGACGACCUGGUUGAAGGGACGAUCCCGCAGGCUCGAGUACUCAUGCUGGCUCCUGGGCUGGCGGAGGAGGUGAAUGAAGAGCGACAGCAGCUGAGAGCACUCUUUGAAGAUGCUAUGCAGCAUUAG